ACCACAACGAAACAAGCGCGAUGGCCGGCGGCAAGUACGUAUCGGCGCGGGGCGCCGAGCGCGUCCUCGAGUACAAGUACAGCGGCAGCGACGCAUCGAUGCUGUACAACUACGUCAUCUCGCCGCUCGCGCAGCGCAUCGUCGACGGCGUCUUCCCGGCAUGGCUCGCGCCCAACACCAUCACGAUCGCAGGUCUCGGCCUUGUCGCCACGUCGCACGCACUUAUGGCCUUCUACGCGCCAUCGCUCGACGCGCCGGCGCCGUCGUGGGUCUACGCCUUCUGCGCCUUUGCGCUCUCGACGUACCAAGUCUUGGACGUCACGGACGGCAAGCAGGCGCGGAAGACGGGCAACUCGUCGCCGCUCGGGCUACUCUUUGACCAUGGUUGCGACGCUGUCAACUGCGUCCUGAGUGCGUGCACAAUGGCGUCCACGAUGCUCAUGGGUCCGACGUACAUGUCGAUGGGCCUUCUGCUUUGCCCGGCCUGUGUCUUCUUCAUGGCGACGUGGGAAGAGUACUACACGGGCACGCUUGCGCUUGGCGCUAUCAACGGCCCGAACGAAGGCCUUGCGAUCAUGUACAGCAUCUAUGCGAUGACGGCGAUCACUGGCCCCGCUUUCUGGGCGCAGCCCUCGGUCGUGUUUCCGUCAAUCCCCAACAACCUUCUCUUCCUCAUCGUGACGGCCCUCGGCUCGACCGGCCAGAUCCUCGUCAAUGUUUGGAACGUGUACAUGCAGCUGAAGGCCAAGCCGAUGGACUUUGUGAACGCGCUCUUCGGGACGCUGCCGUUCUUGGCGCUCAUCGCCGUCUCCGCGCUCUGGGUCGCGCUCUCGCCGUACGAUGUCGUGCAGUACCACCCGCGCAUGCUCAUGUGGACGACGGGCCUCAUGUUCUGCAAGAUGGUCAUGCACAUGAUGCUCGCACACUUGUGCGACGAGCCGUACUGGCUCCUGCGCAAGUCGCUGGCGGCGAUGCUCCUCGUCGCGGGCUUCGUCGUCGCGGGCCUCGUGCCGCACGUGACGGAAGACACCCUCGCGUAUGCCUUCUUUGCGCUCACGCUCAUCGUGUAUGCGCACAUGGUCUACUACGUGAUUCUCGAGAUGACGACGAUCCUGCGCAUCAAGGUCUUCACGGUCAAGCCCAAGACGGCAUAGAACGCAGCCGAACGAUAACUCGAGUCAAUUCUACUAGGCGACAACACAGUCGUAUCCGAGGACGUCGCAGAGCCAGAGCCAGAACAUCUCGUCUCGUAGCACAUAUCGUCCUGCCCAUGCACAUACGAGCAGCACCAAGAAGAGCACACUGGGC